UGUAACUUGCUGAGCAGUUGGGACCCUGAAAUCCUUUAACUGACCUCAGCAAAGCGACUGCCCUGCAUUGCCUCUUUCCAUAUCUGCACUCCUCCUUCAUCCAGAAUUUUUUUUUCUUGACUCUUUCCAUGGAAGACUCGACGUCCCCGAAGCGAGAAAAAGCAAACCAAGAUCCGAGGGAAGCAGGGCAGCCAUGGGAAGAAGUAACAGCAGCUUCUUCCCAAGGUCUUGAGUCUGGGUUAUCUGAGCCCUUGGAAUUGGAGCAGGGGCUGGAAACUGGACCCCAACCCAGAAGCCCUCCUCAGAGCCCACAGUCCAGAGCCAGCAUCCCUCUGGAUGACCUCACAGGACCAGGUGCAUCAUAUCCACCUUCCCCUCCACAGGAGGCCUCUUACACUCCUUCUCCCCCGGCUCUGGCCAGACAGGACCUUGCAGCGCCAUGGCAGUCAGACAAAACCACUAGUGUGAAUCCCGAAGCUGGGACACCUCACUUCCACCAUUUGGAACAAUCGUCUGAUAAAGGAGAAUCGACUGCUUCUCACACAUUCCAAUCAGAGGGAAGCACCUUCCGACAGUCUCAGCAAACCAAACAUGACCUGUAUGGACCAGAAGAUGUGAACUAUAACAACUCUAAACAAAAAGAGCUGAGAUUUAACAUCUUUCAGGACGAAGACUCAAACAGUAACUAUGAUCUGGAUUACGCUGAACCUGGGGUCUCUGAACUGGCUCCCAGCAUGCUUGAGAUCACCAUUCAGAGUGCUAAGGCUUACUUACAGAAGACUAGUAGCAAGUCUGGCUUAAAUUUGUAUGAUCAUCUUUCUGAUAUGCUUGCCAAGGUCUUAGAUGAGCGUCCGGAAAAUGCUGUGGAUAUCAUUGAAAGUAUCAGCCAAGAUGUGAAGAUGGGACAUUUUAGGAAAAAAUUAGAUACACUCCAAAAUGAGAAUGAGAUGCUUCCAACAUAUGAGAUAGCAGAGAAGCAAAGGGCUCUUUUUCUCCAGGGAAAUUUGGAAGGAGCUGACCAGGAACUAGAAGAUGAAAUAGCAGAAAACGCUCUCCCAAAUGUAAUGGAGUCAGCUUUUUAUUUUGAACAAGCUGGAGUUGGUUUGGGCACAGAUGAGACUUAUCGCAUAUUUCUUGCCCUCAAGCAGCUUACUGACACCCACCCCAUCCAAAGAUGUCGUUUCUGGGGCAAGAUCUUGGGUCUGGAGAUGAAUUAUAUUGUAGCUGAAGUAGAAUUCCGUGAGGGAGAGGAUGAAGAGGAUGUGGAAGAGGAAGAUGUAACUGAAGAGAGGGACGAUGCAGAUAGCGAAGCUGAUGAAGAUGACGAAGACCAAUUACCAAGGACCUUUUACAAGACCCCACAGGCUAUACCAAAAGAAGAAAACAGGACGGGUGCCAACAAAUAUGUGUAUUUUGUUUGCAACGAACCAGGAAGACCAUGGGUGAAGUUACCCUCGGUUACGCCUGCACAAAUUGUUACUGCAAGAAAAAUAAAGAAAUUUUUCACUGGGCGUUUAGAUGCUCCCAUCAUAAGCUACCCACCUUUCCCGGGAAAUGAGAGCAAUUACUUACGAGCACAAAUUGCCAGAAUUUCAGCAGGGACCCACGUCAGUCCUCUGGGAUUCUAUCAGUUUGGUGAAGAGGAAGGAGAGGAGGAGGAAGAGGUAGAAGGCAGACGAGACAGCUUUGAAGAAAACCCCGAUUUUGAAGGCAUCCAAGUGAUCGAUCUCGUGGAAUCCCUAUCCAAUUGGGUUCAUCACGUGCAACACAUUCUGUCCCAGGGCCGCUGUAAUUGGUUUAACCCCAUACAAAAAAGUGAGGAGGAAGAAGAAGAGGAAGAUGAAGGAAAAGAAGAAGAGAAAGGAGAAGAGCCUGACUAUACAGAACAGGAAGUGGGGCCACCUCUUUUGACACCAAUCUCUGAAGAUUUAGAAAUCCAGAAUAUACCACCUUGGACAACACGGCUAUCCUCAAAUCUCAUUCCUCAAUAUGCUGUUGCAGUCCUUAGAUCCAACCUUUGGCCUGGGGCAUAUGCCUUUUCCAAUGGCAAAAAGUUUGAAAAUUUCUACAUAGGCUGGGGUCACAAAUAUAGUCCAGACAACUAUACACCCCCAGCUCUACCACCAGUGUAUCAAGAAUACCCCAGUGGCGCAGAAAUUACAGAAAUGGAUGAUCCUACUGUGGAAGAAGAGCAGGCUUUCAGAGCUGCACAAGAAGCAGCUGUUCUUUCAGCUGAGGAAAAUGAAGAUACUGAGGAAGACGAAGAGGAGGAUGAUUAUGACCAAGAAUAAAAUUAGCCAGAGAGAGAGCGAGCACAGAGAGGGGCAG